AUGGGUAGAGCCAGCGUUAAUGUAGGACUGACCUCGCCCUCCCAUCGUCAGAAGGGUUGCAUGCAGAGAAAAUGGCAAGCAGGGGUUGUGUUGCACGUUGCAGGGAUGAGGCAAAAGCUUCUGUAUUUGCAAAAGUUGCGGUCGCAGCUGAACGAGCAGCUGCGGGCGUUGGACGGGCGCGUGGACACGCAGACGGCGCUGGUGGCGGAGCUGCAGGACUGGUUCCGGCGGAGGGCAGAGCUGCACCAGGACUACGCCGCCAAGCUCGACAAGCUCGCCAAGUCGCUGCAGGCCAGGCACAAGGAGCAGCGCAUCAAGCGUGAACAGCUGCAGUUGUUCAGCGUGUACAGUUGUUGGAAUUCUCUAGUAAACCAAACGAGAAAAGAUGCGCGGGACCAGGCGGCCAUGGCGGAUGUCUACCUCAACAACAUCAUUCCACGAUUUACACAAGUGCAGGACGACUUGCAGAGAAUCUACAAAAGGUGUCGAGAGAUUGGUUACGAGAGUCAUGAAGAGCUGCUUAAGGUACUGCAUGAAUUGCACACCACCAUGCGGACCUACCACACUUAUCAGACAGAGUUCAAGAAUGCUGAGACCAAGCUGAGGAACUUCGAAGCCCAGAGGACCAAGCUGGAACAGGCCAUCCCUAAGGAAAAGCUGGAAAAGAGCAAGAAGUUCCGUAUGAUCGAGAAGGAGAUUCAGAAGAGAAGCAACAAAUACAUGGACGCUAAGCUGAAGGCACUGAAAGCCCGCAACGAGUACAUCCUUUCUAUGGACUCUGCUAAUGCUGCCAUCCAUAAGUACUUUGUAGAGGACUUAUCAGAUAUUGUUGAUUGUAUGGACUUUGGAUUUCACAGUAGCAUAGCCCGUGCUCUCCUCACACAUGUGUCCGGACAAGAAUGUGUCAGGAGGAGCUUGCAGAGUGGUAUUGACGAGUUGAACAAGACUAUCAACAACCUUGAUUCUCGCCUAGACAAGCAGAGAUUCCUUGAGCAGAACAAUGCGGCCUUCAUGCUCCCUAAGAAGUUCGAGUUCCAAGGCCAUAAAGGAGAUGAGACUCACGAGGAUGCCAGUGCGAAACAGGUGAACCAGGUGGUAGUUAAUCGGCAAGUACAAGAGGAGAUGGAGAAACGGUAUGCGCACCUAGUCUCGAGACUGACGAGCCUCAAAACAGAAUCGGAGGAAACAUGGAAGACCAUUGAAACUGCUGAAAAGACGCUGAUGGAGAUGAUCAACCAGAGGGACUAUGACUGUGCGCACUACUUCAUUGACGAACCUCGUGCAGAUAACAAGCAACCUGAGUCUAUGCUGAUUAAAAUGAAAGCAGACAGACAAGAAACAGAAGAUUUCUACUUAGGGAAAUUCCGUGAGUAUGUCUUAGGAGGUAACCUGAUAACCCGACUACAAGCACGUUAUGAAUUAAUGCGCAAGGCUUUAGGAGACGAAACUCAUACAACUUCUUCACCCACUCCAACAAGGAACCUGGUGAACAAACCACGUCGAAGGCGAAUUGGGCGCAACCCACUGAUGGGCCAACCCAAGCUGUUUGGUGGAUCAUUAGAGGAGUACCUGGAGGCAACAAGUCAAGAUAUUCCAUUAAUAAUGAAGUCUUGUAUCAGAGUCAUCAAUCUCUAUGGGUUGCACCACCAAGGAAUCUUCCGAGUGUCAGGGUCGCAGCUGGAAAUCAACAACUUCCGUGAGUCAUUUGAGAGAAUGGAAGAUCCGCUGGCAGAUGUUACCGAUGCGUCUGACAUCAACAGUGUUGCUGGUGUCCUCAAGUUGUACUUGCGAGAGCUCAGAGAACCACUCUUCCCUACCGUCUUCUUUGACCAGUUCAUGGAGAUUGCUCAGUUAGAGAAGAAGCAUGACUUUGUUGUUAAGAUGAGAGAUGUUGUGACCAGUCUUCCUCGGCCAGUCUUCAUUGUCAUGCGCUACCUCUUUGCAUUCCUUAAUCAAGUGAAUAAUUGGAUCUCAGGCAUAAACUCCGUGCAGUACCAAAACUUAGUCAACGAAUUGAUCAAGAACAUCAUCAUCUUCAGCGAGGACAUCUUCCCCGGUGAUGGGGGCCACACGUAUGAGAAAUUCAUCUCGCGGGACUCGAUAGACCUAGAUGCUGACAUGGGUGAUGCGCCCUCAGAAGCUCACGAUGACGUAGACUCGGAACAAGGACAGUCUGAAGAUGAUUCUGUAUUUAGAGACAAAGACAUUCAACUUCAGAUAUUUGGAAAGAGCGAGAUUUUAGAAGCUAUUGCACAGUUUGACUUCUUAGCGCGGUCGGAGCGUGAACUGAGCUUCUGCAAGGGAGAUGUGUUGAUGCUCCACUCGCAGGUCUCUGGCGACUGGUGGAAAGGGUCAUUUCAGGGUAAACACGGCCUUAUCCCUGACAAGUACAUUCUGCUGAAGAUAAGAGAUGAAGAUAAAGACCGUCUGAGUGAGAGAAGUGCUGCAGAGAUGCUGCGAAGACGUGUUUCCUCAUCCUCAGAGUCCAUUCUUUCCUCCUCGACUCAGCAAUCCUCGGAAGGAGUGAUUAAACCAAGUGCGCAAAACGGAGCAGCGCAAGCACCACUCUCUCCAUCUCCUGCAUCAGCACAGAGUCAAGAGUCGUGCGCGAGCCCCGUGAGUCGCGACGGCCAGGGAGGCACCUCUUCCUCGCAAGGGCUCGACUCGGGCGGGGGACCGGAGGGGGCGCAAGCAGACGGGGGACGCUCAGCCUCACCGCUGCCUACCACUCCAGGGCAGGCCUCCCACUCCCCCACCCCCCCACACUCCCUUCAACACGGGGCUUGUCUCUCCCUCUCAGAUGUGUCAAGUGUCGUGUCUGUCCAGGAGGAGGUAACAGCAUAGUUGGUGUGUUGGGCAGUUUUGUUGAGUUCUUUGAUUUUAUUUGAGUUUUUAUUUUUUUCAUUUUUUAUUUUACUUUUUUUUAAUCUUUUUAGUCUUUUUAUCUUUUUCUAAGUUUAAAUUUUUUUUUCCGUUAUAUUCUUUUUACUUUUUU